AUCGAGGUGUACGGAUUGCAGAGCAGACUACGGUCGAUUGUUGUGAUUUGAUCAAAACUGCGUGCUUCCCAGCACCUAAAGGCCGCACUGGUGUGUUGUUAUUGGUGGUGGCGAGGGUGUGCGAUAAGCAUUUGGUGCAAGCCAGACAAGUGAGUGUGCGUGAAUGCAUUCUGUGUUUACCAUAGCGGCUUGUUCCCGGCGGGUAUCUCUCGGUAAUGCUCAAUCCAAACUGGCUGGCUGGAGUGAAGUGAAGGCCCUUUUCGCUGGUGUUGAGAAUUUACCGGGUCAGGUGCCGAAACGUGCUUAUCUCAUCCACAUUGCGGUCGUGAUUUUACCAUCAAACGGAAAAAAAGUUUACGUACAACCACCGAGUUUUCGUGGUUAGAGGAAAGCUGAUCUCCUAUUUGGCGGAUUAUGAUAGCGUUAUUAGGUUGAUUAUUAUCUGGAAAGAAGUGUGAAAACGUGAGCUUGGAGCGUGUUUGCCAAAGAGUUACCUUCGUACAAUACUCGGAAGAAAACCUCAAAUGUGAGAUGAAAAUUACUGGUUACAACUGUGUGUGAAUUGUGAGUUGCCGGAUAGUGUAUUAUUUGGUUUCGACUUGAUUGGUGAAUAGUAUUUCCAUAACUGAUAAGUGAGAUUGUUGGGGUUACAACGCUUUUUUUCGAGUGCGGCUUUCAUUCGUGGCUGAACUAAUGAAUAUUGAUCCAACAGAGAGCCGAUACACCUGCAUGCGGAUGAAAAACUUUUCUUGUGCUGCCACGGCAUAGGAUUUUUUGAAUUUUUGAUAUAGCUUCCUGAUCGAUAAUCCUUACUCGACUGUGUAUCAUCUCUCGGACUGCAUCUAAUAUCGUCGCUUCACUACCACCAGCAUACACAUGUCCCCCCUGUCUGGCAGCCAAACGAUUGACAGAGUAGGUGUACAUAAAAUAAGACGAGACGGGAUAACGGAAUGAGUCAGCGUUUGCUUACUGGAGAAUUCCUCUGAAAUCGAUUUUUCUCUCCUCCUUGAUGCCGACUAUACCACCGGUGCAGUACGAUGCUGUAUAUGCUGUGUUCAGAAAUUGCACCACCGAACAUCUGAUUUGAGUGGUAAUUUUUAUUUGGAGAGCGGAGAGACUCAGACAGAUGCGAUAGUACUUUAGCUAGUCGAUAUAGCUAAUGCUAUACGGUAUUGUUAUUGUGGGCUAUCAUAUGUUCUGUGCUCACGAGCUUUCGUCAGCUGAAACCAUUGCGACGCGACCAACAAACGGAUAUGACUCGGUGACAAGGACGCCCAGGGAGCGGUAUGAAAAUUGAUAGUUGAUGCGGUGAAAGGGGAUAUUGAUUUUCAUUUGUUCGAAGGCUAUUUGAUUUUGCACGUGCUAGGGAUUUGGUUCCGCAGUUCUGGAGUAAGAAGAAGCGAAGAAGUAGCGGAACGAAAUCAAAUAGAUAGUGGAAGCGUCUUUUCGGUGUAUAUAGUGAAAGAUCGAGGAGGAGAAGAGAUGAAGAAAUAAUGCGAAAUCGAAAGUGAAAUCUCCAUAAAAAGUAAGAAAUAUUUAUCGAGGCCUGCGUGCAUAGUAAAGGUCAAUAGGAGAAGAGGUGAGGAGGAAAAGUGUGUCAUUGAUCGAUCACAUUCGCGAAUUAAGGGAAAGACGACAACCGGAGAGUAUACCUUUAGUGAGGUGCUGUGACAAAGUGUCUCUGUUUAUGGUUAUACGCUCGCUAGUAAUCACUCUUUGCAAUUUGAGUCGAAUUGAAAAGGAGAAUCAGGAGGAGGAGGAGGAGACCUUGACAGCUACAGGAGAGGCAGGCGAGAAGAGUUAAUGUUGCGAAGGUGAAUAAAGGAAUGGAAGCAAACAAAACAGGUCUGCAGAGUACCAUGUGUAUGUAAAUUUUUUUACGAGUGAUCCAAAUUGGAAUUCGGUCAGGUUGGAUGAAGAGUAAGAUAAAUUAUAAAUAAAUAUAGAAAGUCGAAGUGGUGCGGAAUAAAAGGUGGAAGGACAAAUCGGAGCAAAACAAGUAAAUACGAAAUUUGUCUGGCUUAAGUUCGAAGUAAGUUGAGAAAGCAGCGAUCGACAGAAUGAUGCGAAGACGCGCACCGAAUAGAUAUAGCUGCAUCAACUACCCCAGCCGAGUGGAGGGAUGGUUGGAUUUUUGUGAAACCGAAGGACAAUCCACACGCUUAUCCAAUGUACCAUGGGGACCACUGUACUGCGUCCUACAGCAAGAUGAACAGACCCUCACAUCGUACUGCAGUGAAGAGCUAUCGAUUUUCCCACUAACAACAAAAAAAGAUGCAAAGCUGACAGACGUUCUGUUUGCCGAGUUGCCCCGUGUGCGGCUCGAUCAACCACCAAAACAACAGAUGAACACAAUCUGGGAGGCAGCCCACCCUACGCUGCAGGAAGAACCGGAGGAAGAGAGUGAACAUCACAUUCACCACAACACGUCACUGCGGAGUGCUUUAGACACAUCUUACGAGAAGGCAUGCCGAAGAGGUUCGGCACCGAGCACCCCGAUUCUGGGUCAGAAGUCAGAAUCAACCUCGCGGUUUACAAACUUUUUCUCCAAACGUUCCUUCCGAUCAAAUCCACUGAAACGCACAAAAUCCGUCACCAAACUGGAACGUUCAAAGCGGGGCCAGGGUGGCCUGCGGGGUUCCCGAUCGCACGAGAGCCUUCUCUCCAACCACGCUGUGAUGUCAACCAUUGAUCUUUCCUGCAUCGGUGCGAUCGGGGUGGUUCCGGUGCACGCAUCAGUAUUAGGUCGACGGCACUGUUUCCAGGUGCGAGGAGGUCCCCGGGGAGAGCGGUACUACAGCUGCGGAUCCCGACAGGAACGGGAUCUAUGGAUAUACAGUUUGCGCAAAUCCAUCGCACCCAAUGCUGAGAAUACUCGACGGACAGACAAUUCGCUGAAAAUGUGGGUCUACGAAGCAAAAGCACUACCACCGAAGAAGAAAUACUUCUGCGAGAUCAACCUUGAUAAGACACUAUACGGACGAACGUCCGUGAAGCUGAGGACGGAACUGCUGUUCUGGGGCGAAUACUUUGACUUUCCGGAUGUCCCGGAUAUCAACGUGAUAACGGUCAACGUGUAUCGAGAAGGCGAGAAGAAGAAGAAACGGGACAAGCACGCUCUAGUGGGAUCAGUUAAGAUUCCGAUUCACGAAGUUACUUCGCGAACAUUCUCCGAGGAUUGGUAUCCGAUUAUUUCCGAGAAGCACGACAGUAUCAGCAAAAACUCUUCCAAAGAACCCAUCCCAACACUGAGGAUAAAGUGCCGCUUCCAAAGCAUAGAUGUCCUUCCAUUCGGCGUAUACCAGGAUUUCUUGGAUUAUCUGAAAGAAAACUACAAAAAGGUUUGCGAAAUACUGGAACCGGUAAUAGGAGUAAAAGCAAAGGAGGACAUCGGUCAGGCUCUAGUUCUAUUGAUGCACGCCCAAGGCAUGGCUGCUGCUUUCCUCACGGAUGUUGUCGCUUUGGAUCUUCUCCGUGUCGGUGACCAACGGUUGACCUUCCGUGGAAACUCCCUGGCUACCAAGAGCAUGGAAGCUUUCCUAAAGCUAACGGGGGAACAGUACCUACAGGAUACAUUGUCUACCCCCAUUUCGGAGAUCAUCUCCUCAGAUCGCGAUUGUGAGGUUGAUCCGUUGAAAGCGAAUGGCUCCCUAUCGCGUCAACAACAGGCUCUCCGUAACGCGGUCAAAACUGCAUGGAAUAGUAUUGCCGAUAGCAGCAAAAGCUUCCCUACGCAGCUGCGCGAUUGCUUCUCGACAUUCCGCGAGCGGCUCCAGAUGCUCGAUCGUGAAGACAUGGCCGACAACCUGAUAAGUGCUUCAAUCUUCCUACGCUUCCUUUGCCCAGCGAUCCUAUCUCCUAGUCUAUUCAACAUCACAAAUGAACUUCCCUCAGCUAGAGCUACGCGAAAUCUCACAUUGGUUGCUAAGACGCUACAAACCUUGGCCAACUUUACUCGCUUCCAGGGCAAGGAAAACUUUAUGGAAUUCCUAAACGAUUUCCUCGAACAGGAGGCACCUCGGAUGAAGCAAUUUCUUCAUACCAUUUCAACGCGAUCGGAAAUUCCCAUGCAAGAGAGCAUCCUUGACUGGGCGGGUUAUAUCGAUCAAGGCAAGCAACUCUCGAUUCUUCACACGCUACUAUCUGAGAGCAUCCAAAAGCUGCCCACAUCUAAGCAAGUUGACCUUCACCCGCUCCCAAACAUUCUGGAGUCGAUCACAGUCGCCAAGGAAACUAACAGUUUCAUCACCUCUCAACAGCAGAAUCCUCAACCACAACCUCACCCUAAUCAGGAAAACCAAAGUCUAUCAAUCGCUCCUAUGAAGAGUGCCGAACGAGGAAUCAUUAGAGGAGUUCUAACCCCUACCUCGUUGGAGAAGAACAUCUUUCGCUACAAUGAUCCAACCGUACGCCCUCUGCUAAGUCAAAACCAGAGCACAAGCUCCCUCCAACACUCGCACUCCACUUCCAGUAUUAACUCGGCCACAAACUUGCAUGUGGUGAGUUCGGCUGUUCAGCAUCACAACUUGUCCAGUACAAACAACUCCAACGAAAACAAGUACCAAUACCAGAUCGGCAGCAUGCGAACGUAUGGAGCUGUUUCACAGUACUACAACAAUUCCAAUAACAUUGGAAGCCUGAAGAACGAGAAGGAAAAGAGUCCAGUUUUGAACUGUGGAAUUCGUGCGAGUACGCUCCCAAGAAACAACGCCGUCACAGUUAGCAACGGCAAUAUAAACGGGGAUUCCGACGAGCACAACAAUGCCACCAAUCUGAUUCAAAUUGGAUUCGAUCCGAGCAAUGCUUUCAACCGAAAAAGCCCCACUCCUUUGCUGAAAUCGUCAACUCACAUCAAUGGAAGUCGAAACCGGAAUCUAAACGGAUCACAGCUGAGCCUGCUUUCGGACAUUGGUAAAAAUCCACUGAGCUUGGGAAUCCCCCACAGCGAGAUGGUUACCAGUACGACUCCCACUCCCGCUCAGACGACAACAAAUCCAUCCAAUAUGCCGAUGAGUUUGGAUGACCUGGAGGAUUUGUUAAACUAUGCCGACGAGCAGAAUAUAGAAAACCAAAAAGGCAAGGAGCAGCUUACGAGCAAGGGUAGCAACAUUUCGAUUGGACAGAUCUCCAACAUUUGCAGCUCCGGUUACCAAAGCAUUACGACGCAAUCGCAAAGCUCCAGCCCAGUAGAACUCGGUCAGCAGCAGAUCGAAUAUGUGGCUAACAAAGUCCCACCACCUCGGAAGAUCAACAACAGCAAGUACGGCUACAUCAGCCAGCGAGUUACUCGGGGGAACAGCACGAACAUGAACAGUUUGAACAAUAACAACAAUACCAACAGCAACAAUAACAACAAUAAUGAUCAAGAUGGUCAAUAUGCUCCUCUUUCGUACAAAAAUCCCCUCUACCAUCACGGGUCGAAUGGAAACAAUGGAGGUGCCUUGAACGCGUACAACAAUAACCUGAUCAUCGGAAGCAACGUCGGCAGUGGCAAUAGUGGCUUGAUUAACGGUGGUGGCAUCUACAAAAGUCAACUCAGCACAAUUGGCAGCGGUGGGAAUUUGCAUACGUCGAGCAGCGACGAGCGGUUGAGCAAUAACGACAACUACCGGGAUAUGGAUUCGUUGAAUACCGGGAAUGGGAAUGGAUACGAUUCCUUCGGAGGGAUGCACGGACGGAGACUUGGAAGCAGCCGAAUGCCGCGGACAAACCCGAUGAUGCAAUACAAACGCGAAGAACCGCUGGAAAUCCAACCGAUCGGUAGUUACCCGGGAGGAAACAGUGCCCGCGAACAUCAACACCACAGCAACUCCGGGGGUAAUAGCCGCUAUCAGCGCCGAAUGAGCAUCGACUCGGGUAGGACACUGUCGGACAGUUCUACUGAUACGGAAAGUGGCCCCAAACACCACCAUUCAGUUUCCGUUAGCUUGAAUGGUCCGGGUACCCACCUAGGCCUGAUCGGAGGUGGUGGCCACAGCGAAAGCAAACGGAGGCAUCAUCGCUCUAGCACCAGCAAAUCGGUGGAGCAGUGCGAACGAGAAAUCCAACGACUUCAGGCUUCGGUGGACGAGCUGCGCCAGAAGCUGGAAGAAUCCGAACUGAAAGAGGUCAGCGAGGACCUGGAGGCAAUCUCCCAUCAUAGUGACACCAAAAUUCGCAGCAUCAUUGGACGCCUACUGGCCAUGGAGGAGGAACUUCGGCGGGAGCAGUACAAGAUGUCACUGGUUUUGACGCACAAGCAGCGGGUCAUCGAAGCUCAAGGUCAGCAGAUUGCCGCCCUUGAUGCGGCCAACAAUCGUCUGUUGACUGCACUUUCCAGCCUGCGAAAUCGCUAUGAAAAUCAAUCCAACCAAAGUGACACCAGCUCCCCACAGCCCAAUGCCAGUGCAUCGUCCUGCUGAAUACGUCAAUUAUAUAAAUAUUAUGACAUCAACAACAAAAUAAAACAGCUCUCUUCACUACAAAAGUUGAUUUGUCACGAAACGCAAACCGUUUGAGUCAAACCUAAAAACAAAUUAUAUGUACAUAAUCGCAACAUGAGAACGUUUGGAACAAUGUUAACACAUAUAGUUUUAAAAUAUUUAUUGUAAAAAAAAAAACACACAUUGCGCAAUGAGUUUAUUCGAAAAAGGAAAAGGAUUGUUUUAAAUGAUAAAUAGUAGCAUGUCCCUAGAUUUUAUCCAUUGUUUGCGCGAGUGAAAGGCACAAAUCACCCAAAAAAUAUUCACCAGUUGUUACACCCAAAGCAGUUCAGUUCAGUUCAGCGAGUACUUAUUCGACUGCAACAACUUUACGAAAAAGAAAAAAUGAAAUCAAACAGUCCGAAGAGAACUGCAAAGCAAAGCGACUGCCUCGAAUUCAAUGAUCAUCAAACCAGUAUUUAUCGUAAACCCUAUAGCAAGGAAGAUUAUAUCUAGUGUUUGCAACACACCACCCUUUCUUAGAAGGUUUUGAUUGCUAGCAACUGUACAGCCUAAUCGACUAAUCAAAUAUAACCAAAGAAUCAUUUCAGUAACAAAGUAAACGGAAAUUAACUCUUUUUUUUUUAUUCAUCCCGUAAGUCGAAUCCAACUUAAGUGUUUAUGAUCAAAAAUCAAAAUCAUACGUACAGUCUAGAAUAAACGUUGUUGUCAAAAUUUCUCUCGCAAUCAGCAAUCUCCAGUUUUGGUUAAUAUUUUUACUCAACAUGUUUGGCACUAUUCACGUAGCUAACCGCAACGAAAAAUUGUCGCUGCAUCGUACGUUUGAUUGUUUUCAUGUAAAGCUAAUUUACCUUCUUUACUUUUGUAUGUAGAAAAUAUCCAUAAUCACGAAAUAUACUGCAGAUAAAAUAUUUAUAUAAAAGUAAA